CCAUCCCAAUAGCCAGGGUUUCUUUUUAUCGCUCUUUUGAUCACUGAAGUUGAAGCACUAAACUUCCUCUUGAAUCAUGCAGGCAAACAGAGGGGUCACAUUGAUCUUGCUGAGCCUAAUGACAAGACUGGGGAGCCCAAAGGAUGUACUGACUCUGCAGCCUAACUGGCCCCUGUUCUUCACUGGAGAGACCGUCACUCUCAGGUGUUUGGGACAGCCAUUCAAACAUUUUGGAUUCACAUGGUCCAGAUAUGAAUCAAAUAGUCUUGUGACAAAGCACACAUCCCAAGAAAACUACUACACCAUCGCACCUGUUACUGAAGCCCACAGUGGUGUAUAUAGGUGUUAUGCUGAAUCCAGCAGUGAUCCUGUUAGACUGAACGUGUCAGCCCUGCCUAAACCCACUCUGACUGUAGAGCCAAAAUGGUGCCCACUGUACAAUGGAGAGACCUUCACCCUGAGGUGUGAGGUGGACUCCUACAGCAACUGGACAUAUUUCUGGUACAAAGACCAGGCCCAGAUGGCUGUGUCUCAGACUGCUGGUCACAGUGUAACUGGUAACAGACUCACCAUCCCUGGUGCUGCUGGUCUGACCAGGGGCAGUACUGGUGUGAGGGGAGGCUGGAGGGAGAAAAGUGACAUCACAGCGCAGCGACUCCAUCACUCUGACUGUAGCCCUGCCUAAACCCACUCUGACUGUAGAGCCAAAAUGGCGCCUACUGUACAAUGGAGAGACCGUCACCCUGAGGUGUGAGGUGGACUCCUACAGCAACUGGACACAUUUCUGGUACAGAGACCAUAACCAGGCGGCCACAUCUCUCUCUAAAGAGUACAGUGUAAACAUCACUGGGGCUGCUGGGUCUCACCAGGGGCAGUACUGGUGUGAGGGGAGGCUGGAGGGGAGAAAUGUGACAUCACAGCGCAGCGACUCCAUCACUCUGACUGUUGCAGGUAGACAUAGACUGGUAUUCGGUCUGGGAGCUGCUCUUCUGCUGCUGGCCUCCAUUAUACUGUGUGUGAAAUGGUGCAGGAAACCAGGGUCGUCUAAUGAAGCAGCUGUCAAAUACACUGAAGAGAAUGUGGAAGUUGACUAAUAAAACCUUCAUACAGAAGCUGGAUCAGUGUGCUCAUGUCAAAUGAAGAACGUUUGAGAGCUCAGGAUUAUUUUUCAAUGUGAUGUUUCUCAGCUUGCAGGAGGGGAAAUCCAGAUUGGGGGUGCAGUUAUGGGGACACUCAGUGAGUUUUGGGAAUGAAGCAGUCGUGCCUUUAGAGUGCAGGAUCUGUAUAAUAUAUCUGAGGUUCUGAUUCACCAGAGCUGCACUUGUGAUCUUUGUCUAAGUUAGUCUGCUUUGAUUGCUGUAUGUUUGUUUCAGGUCCUAUGCUGAACUUUAUAUAUUAUGUAGUAAAGUUGCCGCAAGCUUACAUACAGCCUAAACAGCUGAGACUCUGCAACAUGUUCAACAUGCAUUUCAUGUGUCUGCUUGUAUUAGUUUUAAAUUAAAUGGACUUUAAA